CACAUCCUCUUCUCUUCCGGCUGAGGCCAUAACAGCACGUUUUAUUCAUUCUGGGCUGUUUGUAUUUUUAUCCCGUGCUACUCAUGGUCCGUAUUUUUAACCACUGACGCCGCGACGGUCAUAGUCUCCAUUUACAGGCGUUCAUAGAACAAACUGAAGACAUGGAGGAAGUGGAGACAGCGGAGGAGCUGCUGGCAAAGCAGCACCGCAAGGAGAAGAAGGACCUGCAGGCUAAAAUCCAGAGCAUGAAAAAUGCAGUUCCCAAAAAUGACAAGAAAAGGAGGAAGCAGCUGACGGAGGAGGUUGCCAAGCUGGAGGCAGACCUCAGUCAGAAGCAUGAGGAGGAACUGAGGCAACUCAAGUCUGAAACUGACACAAAGGUGGAAGUGGUGAUGAAUGGAAUGGAGACCAUGAAAGUUGAAGGUGAAGAGCAAGAAGAGGCCAGACAGCCACGAGUCACCAAGGCCCAGAAGAGAAGAGACAAAAAGGCUGCUCAAGAAAAGGAGCGAGAGAGCAGGAUAGCAGAGGCCGAGGUGCAGAACCUGCAGGGCGUGAGGCACCAGGAAGGUUUGAAGCUCGCUCAGAAACUGGGCGAGCUGAAGCUUCAGAUCAAGGAGAUCCCUUCUGAUGGUCACUGCAUGUACCGGGCUGUUCAAGAUCAACUGGCCCAACAAUCAAAGCCAGAGUCGGCUCUGAGUGUGAAAGAGCUCCGAGCACGCACGGCUGAGCACAUGAGGAGCCAUGCCGACGACUUCCUGCCUUUCCUUACCAAUCCAGACACUGGCGACAUGUACACAACAGAUGAGUUUGAGAAAUACUGCAGCGAUCUGGAGCAUACAGCUGCUUGGGGAGGGCAACUGGAGCUACGAGCUUUGACGAAAGUUCUUCAACUGCCAAUCGAAGUGAUCCAGGCUGACUCUCCCACUAUAAAAAUUGGAGAGGAAUAUGACAGUGAGGCCAUCACUCUUGUCUACAUGCGUCACGCCUACGGUCUCGGGGAGCACUACAACACGGUGGAGCGGCUAAAGGACCCGGCCAACGCGGAGGACAGCUGAGAAACAAUCCGCUGUUGGCUUGAUUUAAACCUGUGUGUGUGUCACGGAGAAAGCGCCCAGACCUCUUAACACAAAGGACAUUUAAAUGCCGGCAUAUUCGAAAGGUGACCCCAUUUCUGAGACAUAAUGAAGCUCCUUUACAGACUGUCUGGCUGCUUUCAGAAUGGGUUUGGUGCUGAGUGAUCGGUCACGCUUUCAAAGUCGGAACAAAUGAGCGCGCAAGGUGAAAUCUUGAUAGAUAUCCCCAUUUCUGAAAAUAUUACCAUUGUGCUAAUGAAAUAUAGCCCAGAGCAGUGUUUGAUGUGUCACUUAUUUUACACGGGACACCCUUGAGUUAACCUAACGAACCCUUCAGGUUCCUCCUUUAGCCCGUUUUUAAUGAGUCGGAUACACCUGGACUGUAGACGACGUCGGAGCAGUUUUAAGAUGCAUGUCACCUCACCGUCUGUCAACAGUUAGGGUUAGUUCAUGUUUGAUGUUUUCAGCCCUCUUGAAAUGAACUGAAAGUGUUAAAACUUUUAUCAAUAAUAAUAAAAGAAAUGCUUUGGUGAAGCUGA